AAUGAUAUUUUUAUUUGCUUUUCAGUAAUUUAUAUUUAAAAUGUUUAAAAAUGUAUACACUACUUCAUGGCUUUUAUAAAUAUGUUAUUCAAAAAGACGAGUAUUGUGUGUUAAUCUUAGGCCUUGACAAUGCGGGUAAAACGACGUAUUUGGAGGCAACUAAAACGAAAUUUACCAAAAAGUAUAAAGCGAUGAAUCCGAGUCGAAUAACUACUACAGUAGGACUAAACAUAGGCAAAAUAGAUGUAGAUGGAGUUAGACUUAAUUUUUGGGACCUUGGUGGCCAGCAAGAGUUGCAAUCACUGUGGGACAAAUAUUAUGCGGAAUGUCAUGCUGUUAUUUAUAUAGUGGAUUCAUCCGAUAGAGAGAGAGUAUCAGAAUCCAAAGAAACAUUUGACAGAAUGAUAGCUUCAGAACAUCUCUCUGGGGUCCCACUCUUGGUGCUAGCUAACAAGCAAGACAUUCCAGAUUGUAUGGGAGUCCAUACAGUUAAGCCAAUAUUUAACCAAAAUGCCCACUUAAUUGGUGCUAGAGACAUUAUGCUAAUGGCCACAUCUGCCUUGACUGGAGAUGGAGUUGAUGAAGGUAUAAGGUGGCUAGUGGAUUGCAUGAAACGUAACAGUAUCGAGAGACCGGCGCGAAAUCACGACGACAAUUUAUAAAUCCGAACGAUUGCGACAUCAACCAUAUUUAUUAUAUGUUCGCGCUACUAAUACAAUGAAUAAUAAUUAGCUUUCAUAUUUAGAUAAUGUGACUCGGCCCAUUGUUUUGUACAUACAGUAUUGACAUUUGAAAAUAAAAUAUUAAACCAA